UGAGUGAUUUGAAUGUCUUAUACCAUUAACAAGCAGGUGAAAGGAUAUGAAGGAAUACGGCUGGAACAGUUUCAAGGAUUUAAUUUUCAGAAAUCCGGCAGCUGUCGAUCAGGACCCACACGUGGAUGAUGGCGAUGAGAAUCAUGAGCGCGGGAACUGGAGUAGCAAGAAGGAGUACAUCCUCUCUACAAUCGGCUAUGCUGUUGGACUGGGAAAUAUCUGGAGAUUUCCAUAUUUGGCCUACGAGAAUGGAGGGGGUGCCUUCCUGAUCCCUUACUUUUUGAUGUUGGUGGUGACUGGAAUUCCUCUUUUCUUCCUGGAAACCGCCUUCGGGCAGUUUUGCAGCCAAGGUCCAGUAAACGUAUGGAGAGCGGUGCCAAUCAUGCAGGGUCUCGGCAUCAGCAUGGUUAUGGUGACUCUAAUGGUAUCAAUUUACUAUAACGUCAUCAUUUCCUACAGCGUGUACUACAUGUUCGCCUCCUUCCAGUCUCCUCUGCCGUGGUCCGGCUGCCUCACUAACUGCAGCAAUACAACUACAGUGAUUUGUAAUGUAAGUGGCGUUGCAGUAGCCAACUGGACUCAAGAAAACACCACCUGCCCUUCAUCCAACAUAAUCAAAGUUCAGAGCCCGAGUGAGCAGUACUGGGAUCAAGUGGCUCUGCAGAGAUCCAGCGGUCUUGAUGAAACAGGACCAGUAGUUUGGCACUUGGCCCUCUGUCUGCUGUUUACCUCUAUGCUUGUUGCUGCAGCGCUCAUCAGAGGUAUCAAGUCGUCAGGCAAAGUUGUGUAUUUCACAGCUACAUUUCCUUAUGUGGUGAUUCUGAUCCUGCUGAUCAGAGGUGUGACACUAGAGGGAGCUAGAGAUGGGAUAGAGUACUACAUCGGUUCCCAAUCCAAUUUGACUAAAUUGACAGAGCCACAGGUGUGGAAAGAUGCUGCAACUCAGACCUUCUAUUCUCUCUCGAUUGGCUGGGGUGGAGUCAUGACUCUGGCUUCCUACAACAACUUCCACAACAAUAUGUUCAAGGACUCAAUUGUUAUUUGUCUUACUAAUGCUGGCACCAGUGUUUUUGCAGGAUUUGCCAUAUUUUCGAUCUUGGGACACAUGGCUCACAUCUACAAAGUGCCUGUUGGAGAAGUUGUGAAAGAAGGAUUUGGAUUGGCAUUCAUUGCAUAUCCAGAUGCUCUCUCUAAGCUUCCUAUUUCCCCUCUGUGGUCCUUUCUGUUCUUCUUCAUGAUACUGACUGUUGGUCUGGACUCUCAGUUUGCAGGAAUAGAGGUGAUCACCACCUGCGUGAUCGAUGCCUUCCCUAAAGUCUUCAAAUCCAGGCGCGGUUUGUUGACUAUAUCAUUAUGUUCCUUGGUCUUCCUCCUGGGUCUGCCAUGUGUCACAAGGGCAGGAAUAUACUGGGUGACUCUAAUCGACAAGUCUGUUGCCAGCUGGGUGCUGCUAUUUCUGGGUCUCUUUGAGAUCAUUGGUGUCUGCUACAUAUAUGGAGGGAACCGUUUAAUAAAAGACAUUGAGAUGAUGCUCGGAAAUAAGAGUUUUAUUUUCUGGCUGUGGUGGAGAGCAUGUUGGUUCUUCAUCAGCCCCUGCAUCAUAGUGGUGAUCCUGAUCUGGUCUUUAAUUAAGUAUGAGGCACCCAAAUAUGAAAAAAUCCCGUUCCCAGACUGGGGCUUGGCUUUGGGCUGGUGCAUGGCUGUAUGGUGCCUCCUCUGGAUCCCUGGUAUUGCUGUGUAUAAGCUGAUGAGAGCAGAGGGAAGUCCACAGAAGCGUCUGAAGUCAUUGUGCUCUCCAACUAAAGAGUGGCAUCCCUACCUGGAUGUCCAUCGAGGAGAGCGGUACUCAGAAGAACGUUGCCACCACAGGAUGACCAGUAGAAACGAAGCACAAGUGAAUGUGAAUGUAAUCUCGAGCUCAUGGCUCUGAUGUGUAUCUUUCUUCUUCUUUAUUCACACACGCACACAACAUAUUGACAUCCAGUAAUUGUCAUUAUUUAAACUUCAAAAGAAAAGAAGAUUAUUAUUAUUAUUAUUUGUUUGUUGCAUUAAAUGAUUUUUGACCUCUUGCUGUCCGAUAUUUCCUGCUGGUACAGGCAGCAUACAACAGGCUUGUGUGAGGUCAUGUGUUUGUAGUAAAUGGAACAGAGACAUUUAGGGCUCAAUAAUUUAAUUCAAUGUAUUUAUUGGGAAUAUUUCUUAAGGGGGCUUGUGGUGGUGUUUCUUAUAUUGUCAACGGUCCA